UCAGUCGUCUCAGUCGCGUGUAUCCGCUCGACUCGGCGCAGAAGUGCUCGCGGGAAGGUCUCAAGGCGAUGAUAAUUUUCGCGUCCGAGGAUCCUGGCGUCUGGCGGAGAGCUCUCUUAUCCGGUUCGCGUGCGACGAGCUUGCGUGUCGAGGAAUCGCAAGGAAACGCGAACGCUGGUUCCAUACGUGAGUGCCAAGAGCGCAAAAGUGUCCGGGUCUUAUUGACGCGGCCGUAUUUGCGACGAGUCCUGUUUACCGAUACGAGCGGUUGACGCAGCAAGGAUCUCCUCUGAAUGGGCAACAAUGAACGGACCAGUUUAUGCGUCAUCCUGUCCCGCAUUGCAAUCGAAUCUCUCGCUGCACAGCUCAUCCUAUUACAGCGAGUAUAGCGGCACUACACGAAGACGGCUAUCUUCGACAGGCGAAGCGGACACUUCCGCCACAUCGAGUUACGAGGGUAGCGACAGCUCCGAAAACAGCGAUGAAUCGCGUCUCGAUCCCGUCAGUCAGGUGGAACGAGAACAACUUGAGACUUUCUUUCGCGGAUUAAAGUCGCAGGUAUUCGUCUGCGAAUCGCUGGCGAACCUGUAUCUCGGCAGCGCCUCUCAGACCGAGAGGUGGGAGCUUCGUUUCACCGGGAUACCCGUGGUGGUUCUCGAUCUCGGCGAGACACGAUCAAGAUCCAAGAGACGGAUUCAAAUCUUACUGGCAGAACGCGGUACUUGCUUCACUCUCUGGCGCGAGACUAUCGACAACCUCUCAUCAUACAAAGUGUCGGGACCCGCUUUUCACACCAUGUGUCUCUCGUCGGACCACACUCGUCUGGCUGGGCUUAGCUUCGACAACUCGAAAGCGGCCAACGAUCUGUGGCAGCACAUAGAGCGUCUCGUCUCCUGCCCGGAGAACAUCAGCCUGUCGGUGCCGGGCAAGAAGAAGAAGAAGCCCGUGCAGAAGAAGAUCGUGCUGCCGGCCAAGAGCAACAUCAGCCAGCCGUGCCAGUUCCAGCACGUGACCAGCGUGGACGCGGCCGACCGGUCGCGUUACUUCUCGCUGCAGACGUUGGUCCCGGCGCUGAGCGAGCUGGAGAAUUCGCUGGAGGCGAACUUCUGAGACAAGCCCGACGCCUCCGCCAAGCUCUCCUAGAAACGACGUAGCGCGACGCCCGACUCCCGCCGCCUUCCACCCCGGAAGUGAUCUCUCCGGGAAGGAAGGAUGCGUAUGUGAAGGGAGAACAAGGCGAGGUCCUCGAAAAAGGACUCCGGCGUCGCGAAUUUCUGUCUCGAGAGCUGUCGUACGAGAGGCGAACGCUGAAAGACGACACCGCGGAUAUCCGAUCGGAAAUCCUUUUGUCUUUUUUGCUCUUCCUUCGGAGUAAUUGUAGAGAGAGUCGAGUUAAAGGGAAGGAGGAGAUAUAUCGAUAAAGCUUUAACGACGAAGGAAAGGCGGAUACAUUUUUUUUUCUCAAAGAGCCCUCGCGGUUCCCGUAAUUUUACUCGAAUUCAUCUUUAUCUUCUCGUGUGUCCCCCUUCGAUAUAAUCAUCCAACUAGUUUGCUAAGAGUUAAUGGCGUAAAUUAGGGAUAAGGUAACGCGCGCUGAAUUCCGACUUUACAUUAUUUUCGUUUUCGGGACCGUUGUCUGAGAAGACAGAAAAGUCGAAAGGAGAGACCUCGAGGAGGCAAAGAAGCGCGAGAGGUGACAGGGAAAGGAGACGUGUCUUACUCGAGAUAGACUAAUCCGUUAGUGUCGCGUAGUCGUCUCCGGCCAAGGCGAAACAUUCAUCAAUCUUUCUAAGCACUCUCGAGAACGAUUGCGAUUGAUGUCUGCGACUGCGAAUCUUGCCUACAGCCCGAGGCGAAACAGAAAGUUCCCCCGAGGGGAACUAUCUGAGUCACGUCUCGCUCGUCCCGUUUUACUCUCCUUCUCUUCGAUAAGUCCUUUUCCGAAUCAUGUCUAUCAAUGUCGUAGAUUAACUAUGAACGAAAAGAGAGACUAUCGAACGUUACGGUUUAUUUGCAAUGAUUAUUUCUAAUAGAUUAUUUCACUGUCAUUAUUAUCGCGGGAAUAUUUGAUUAAGCUCUUAAUUUAAUUCUGAAUAUAAAAUGGAGGAGGAAUUGUUCGAAAUAAAAUUCCGAAAGAUUAUAAUAUAUGUAAAUCAUCAAAGUGGAAAUAAUUCACUUUAAUUAUCAAUAAAUUAAAUUUGCAAAUUUUUUAUUUAAAACAAAGGAAUAAAUAUACAUAUAUUACAUACGCAUUUGUAUUUUUUUCUUACUUUGCAUGAUUCUGUGCAUAUAUUAGUUUCAAAUUACCUUAAAGAUUUAAAUAGGAAUGUCCUAAUCUCGUAAUAAAAUGUAAUGCGACAGUAGAAACAAGCGCUUUCGCGAUAGAAUGUCAAAGGCGCGGAACCUUGACACGAAAUUAAACAGCGCGCGGUUAGAAGGAAUCAUGCAAAUAUAUGCGAAACAUACUUCCGGGAGCGUCGCAUACACAUUGUUACUCUAUUCAUCGUGAAAAGACAAGCUUUCUCUUUGGCGAAUGUGAGGGAAACGUACGGUUUAUAAUUAAAGCCGUACGCUACCGUGCGGUGAAAAUGACAUCAAGGAGGCUCUCAAAGUGCAUUAUGCACUGUUAAUAAUUAGCAAUGAAACCGUCGUUACGACGGAGCUAAAUUUAAUGCCUCCCCGACCGCGUUCAGCGGUAAAAAGCCAAUAAUUUCAGAAGGAAGUACUUAAUAUGGAGUGGCAAUUAUCUUUAAUUGAAGGAAACCUCUAUUUGCUCUGCCAUUGUCACUCGGAGAAAAGGACGGGACACAUCGCUGAUUCAACACUCGUACCGAACAAAAAGAUGUAAUGCAGUUUUAUGUAAAUCAGCUCAAAGAGUUAGAAUUGUUGUGUGAAAUAUUAUGACCUAGUAAUUGAAAUAAUGUUAUAUAAAAUGUCGGAGAGGAGAACACUUUGUGCGGAACAAAGAAUAUCAAACAAGAGCCCGCUCUUCGUCAGCUCUAAAGUAGAUUGUCAACGUAAGAUAAUUCAUUGACGUCUCUAUAUAAUAGCGGAAUCGUAAUAAAAUGAUAAAUACAUAAGAUUGACGCGUCGAUAAGCGAUGUAGAGGUCGAUAUAUACAAAUCAAAACAAUAUAUACUGCCGAAAUAUAUACUACCGAACGUUCGUGCGAGAUAAAUUGUAAAAUUACGAGCGAUAUCGUAUAGAGUACUGGAAACAGACAUUGUGCCAAAGUAUAUGAAAUAAUAAGAAGUUUAAUUAAUUGAUACUCGAGCAAGAUCCGCGCUUCCGUAAGACUUGGAAAGAGCCACAGUCCACAGAGUACACAUUUUGUAAUUUAGACUAUUACAAUAAAUCCGCAUCAGCAUUGUUUCCAGUACGCUCGUAACGCUCGCGAACCGAUUAUACGAUGUUAAAUGAAUUAUUAAUUAGAAAAUUAGUCGGAUCGACGUGCAUGACAUGUCCAUGUAUAACGAAUUUUACUCCCUACCGUUUCGGCUCGUUAAUGUGUCCGUAGAUUUCGGUAGAAAUUCCCGAUCUUGUUGUCGACAACUUCUAUGCUCGGUAAAAUGUUAAAAUAUCUAGAUCGUUAUAAUUCUGUCCAAGUGAGAUAAUAUAAGAAAAUUGAUUUCUAAACAUUUAAUUGAAACAUUAUAUUCUAGUUAAAGUGUCUCAUUAUCGCAAGAUUAAAAUUUUAAGAUUUCAAGACAGAAGAUUUCACAGAGUUUGAAUUUCUAUGACUUUUCCCGAUUAUUUUUCAUCUUAAAUUGCAUCUUUUUAAAAUUUAUGCUGAAAUCUUUUUAAAUCUUACGCUGAAGUUUUACAUUUUUCUCAUGUUAUUUCACUUGGAUCCAUAAUAUAAAGAUGGAGACGAGUAUUUUCCUUCUGCACAAAGCAGAAAAUUGAUUUCUCGAGAAAAACGCGCGCGAGAACGUCGUUUAAACGACGUUCGCAAGAAGACUGGUUUCACCAUCCCCCGCGUGUCUAGACACAGUUAACAAUAAGUACCUACGUAGUAAUAGUGAUUAUUAGAACGAUUUGAUUUUAUUCUUAGAAUCAAUUGCGCUUCAACUUGUUUGACAUUCCUUCAGCGUCAUCAUCGUUUUUAUCAAAGCUUCAAAAUUUUCGCUUCAUAUCCAUUGCGAAUCAAACCUUUAGUGAUUAAGAUUAAUUAGCAUAACAGUAUCUCUAAGUUAGAUUCGCCCGGAGAAAUUUUUUACCGAAUUAUCGUGAAACAGACGUAAUGCUUUAACGCAAGAUUUAUACGCACACUUUGGUCACGCGAGUCGCAGAUUUCUUUCGAGAGAAAAUCCGGGUGCGUACAUUCUAGACAUUUAUAUAAAUAAUGUAACUUCGAAUUAACGUUAAUUUCAUUAUCUACGACUGUGAUAUAAACAUAUGUAUUUGUAUCGUUACGUUUCCCGUAACAUGUAUCUGCAUUAAUCAAUCACUUGGAGACAUAAGUUUAUGAAUAUAUCAUAUGUAAUAAUAAUUAUUAUUAUUGUGCUAAUAAAUAGUAACUUCAUGAAGCAAAAAA